AUGGAAUUGGUUGAGGACAAUUCAAAGCAAGUGUCCAUAAAUGCUGUGUUAAGGCAACAGGUAGACGAACAAAAAAAGAUAUUUGCCUUUUCCAAGCGGUACCAUACCUGUGUCAUGUAUGCCAGCCCCUUUGUCCAGGCAAUGAUGAGAAAUAACUUCAAAGAAAAGGCCAAAGGUUUUCUAGAGCUGAAACUUGGCUCAUCAGAGUAUAUCGACAUGGCGAUCAUGUCCUUGUACGGGAAGUAUCCCAAGUUAACCAUGGACAACGUAUCAUCCUUGAUUAACCUAGCUGAAUUUCUGUUGAUGCAGGACUUGAAAGCUUUCUGUGUGAAAUUUAUCAACAAAAAGAUCAAUGUAAAUGAGGAAAACGUAGAAAAAUUGCUCCAUCUUACCAGCCUCUAUGACUUCGAAAUGCCUAAAUUGUCUGAUUAUAUCAGGCAAAAUCUUCUAGAAUUGUUGGGUGGCAAUCAGCUACUUACAAUCACCGCUGACACGCUUGAAAACUUGUUACCGGAUGAAACGUUGUCCUAUGUAAAUGCAGACGUGAGGUUUGAAUUCCUUAUGAGGUGGGUAGAGCACUCUCCUGAACAGAGAAGAUCGAACCUAGACAAACUAGUUGCGUGUGUAGAUCUGACUGAAGUAGCAGCGGUUAUAAUUGAAAAAGCAAAAGUGGACAAAAACUUUCAAAACUUACAAACUGUAUUUGAAAUUGAACAUGACACAGUGGUGAAACUGCAAAACGUAUUGAUUACUCACAAAGACCGUAUUUACACAGAGUUCUGGGUGUUUGACUUAUGCCAGGAAAGAUGGUUCACAUUGGAACUAAGCACUCCCGAUCCGUUCGAAAAAUCCUUUACUUUCAACUCCAGUGAACCUACUCUUUGUCUUGUGGAAAGAGCUAACAAUCAAUGUAAAAUUCGUCUUCAAGAUUUCGGAGGCGACCAGUUUUCUUGCACUUUUCUACGUCUGGUUACUUCUCAUGAUUUAAAUAUACGGUCGCUUGAUAAUAUGUACAUAUCAGACAAAACAUGCUAUGUAGUCUUACUUAAUAAAAGGACAAACUGUGAGAGAGAAUACACCUGUCGAAAACCGACACUCUUUUUCGGGGCAAUCAGCGAAUGUGGUGACGAAACAACUUUGACACCGACUCUUUCAGUGAAUGUUGAUUUCGAUGUACAGCUGGUGGUAAAUGAGGCAAAAUGUAUAGCAUUUUUUCAAUAAAACAUUCCUUCUUCUGCAUAUACGACAAACGUUCCUGCAAAAUUGAAAACAUCGAUAUCGAGCUUAAAUACCAAGAUAAGGUCAGUCCAUUUAAAGACGGAUUUGUCAUCUACAGCCGGAAGAAAAUCCGUUUGAUCCAAUCAGGGACGGACCCUUGCUUUGAAAGAAAUUAUUCAGUUGAUGAAACAUGCAUGAACGCUGGAGAGGAUGUUUGUACUUUUAGAGUUGUUGGGAACAGAUGGUUUCGUUUUCAAAGGACAUAUGGUAAAAACACUAAUUCCUGUUUGGAAUAUACGCUGGAAGACCUGGGUAGGGUUAAUGUGAACGAUGUAAAAUGGAAGCAGAUUCCACUUCCCGACGACAAUGUGGAUUAUUCUAUCAUCAAAAAUAUUCAAGAAGUAGAGAUUCCACGCUCCAGGCUUAAAUGCAAUGUGAUGUGUCCGCACUGUAAACGAAUCCAAGACGAACAACGGAGGGAUGGUAUAAACACUCAACACAUUCUUACAUACCAUCAGAAAGAAGAAAGCAACGACUGUAGCGUCUAUUUUGAUGACUACCUUGAUUAAUCCCAAGACAUGAGUGAUGACGUUUUUUUUACAGUAAUUAUUAAUCAAGAUACAUAUUUUAUAGUGCAUGAUCCUUAGCCCAAUAUACAGAUGGAACAUCAUAUUAAAUGCAAUGUAUCUAUAAAAUAAAGACGUUGAAAAUCGAUCUAUCAAAUUUAAAAAACCCAAACAAAAAAAUGAUAAAGGCGUAACAUGGUACGUGUGUGUAAGAUGAUUUAACACUUG